UUUUUUUUUUUAAAUCUUUAUUUUUUUGUUGCGCAGGUGGGUACAGAAAAUGGAACAAGCGCCACAUCAGCCUAUAUGAACAUUUCAACGUGCUAAACAGUGGCAGUGCUAUGUGCGCAUUUUUACAUUUUUAGGUACAUGCACUAACUGGACAAUAACAUGUUGAACAUAGAUAGUGGAUUACUGCAUUGCUAUAAAUUACUGUCGUAUAUUCAUAGUGAGGGUUACACAUUUAUUAUUAUAUUAUGAUGACAAACGAGUAUUGAUAAUCUAGUGCUCAGCGUCAGUACUUAGGAGAAUCUCUAUUGCUUGAUAAUCAGGCUGUCUUUACUGACGUGGGUGCCCUAUGUGCUGGGUGAGUGGACUCGUCUAAAUGUGUAGACAUGAAAUAUAUUGACAGGAUUAUGGGCUUGCUUCAUGUUUAACUUUCUGUGCACCUUUAUAUUGGGCGUAAGCAUGGUGUCACGUUCGCUACUUGAAGUGAGCGUCUGAGUCCCAAUGUUUACUAGAGUAGCUUACUAAAGCGUACUCCCUGUCUGUUGCAUUAUGUAAAUCACGUUAACCUAUCAUAAGACAGUAUGCCUGGCUAAGCAUGGUUGCAAUCAGUGCUAGGGCUAAUAUUAACAAGCAAAAGUCUGUGUCCAUGUGUGUGAGCAUAUUUACAGGAGUCCGCCACGUGUAGCAGGAUUCAAGUGUCGCCUGUGCCGGCGUCACCACCGGAGCCGGCCAGCAGGCCGGCUGGGUCUUCUCAUCCGCUUAUCCAAUUCCCAGUCUAUGGGUAUGUUGUGGAAUGCUCUGCCUUAGAUUUGUUUUGUGUGAGGCUCUGUGUUUCAGUGAAGAGUGGGGCUGUACCUCCCCUGUGUGCCUCAUGGUGUUCCCUCAUAUUGAUUUGCCGUUGGGAGGGGUUGUGAUUGUUUGAGUCCCUAGAUGUCAGUGCCCACCCGCGGUGCUCACCGCCCUGUGCCUCCUGCUGAUUUUAUCGGUCUUCUGCAGGAUGACAGGCUUGUGUGGUCUCCUGCGGUGGUGUCGCAGGUUUGUCUGGGUGUUAGGGUGCCUUGGGCGGAUUGUGGUUCCACGUUGGCUGGUCUGAGGUUUUGCUGGCGUCGUCGCAUGUAGUCCUGGGUUCGGAGCGCCCGCUUGUCACGCUGCCAGUCUUGCCCACAACCUAUCGAACAUUAGAUUCAGUUUCUCUUGUGUGGUCGCCAGUUGGGCCUCUAGUGUGCGUUUGUUUUGCCACGCCACCAUCCUGGGUCGUGCUCCGUGGUGCUGCUCGAUUGUCAUCAGGGGUAAUAUUAGCGUGUCUUCUUGGACCGGGAUAUCCCCCCCGGUCCAAAGGGGGGGGGAAUACCAAUGUCCGCUGCGGUAAUCAGCAACCAGCGCCGGAGGUCGUAGGUGGUCGUAGGCCGCAACAGGUCACAGGUAGGUUGUUCGGGGCUGUAUUGUACUGCUUGGUAUCAUUUAAUUUUCCGCUUUCCCCAUGUUGUAGCCAGUGGGUUUGUGUCUUGGUUCCCAUUGCUUGGCGGCUUUUAAUCCCGGUUUUGGCCUGUGAGGCCCGUGAGCACAUGCGAUGUGCAUCCGUUCAGUUAGCCUGUCAGGCCCCGCCCCCCCUUUUAUUAUGUUUUUGGAUCUUUUAUAAUAUUUUAUGUAUCUCAUGUAACUGAGGGGCGUGGCUAGCAGAUGAUCGGAAUGGCCGCAUGCUGAACAAGCUCCUGGCAUAACAGGCAAGAGAUCAAUUUUCUCAGAGGCAGAGAGUAACAUGGGGAACCCCAAAAAGGCGCAGAACUCGCACACAGGCUCGGGAAAAACUCCAGCCGGGAAAAUGGGCUCGCUUUCCAAGCUAUUUAAAGAUUAUGCUGAUUGCGCCCCAGACACCGCCAAAUCCAAUAUGGCGCAGGUGGCACACGCAGCAGACUCUAAUCCUCCAAGCCCAGUGUCAUCAGACAGCUCCAUGUGCCAGACAGAACCAGACCUCAAAGAGAUCCUGCGCAGCCUACCCUCAAAAACAGACAACACAAGCUUCCAACACAAGCUGGCAAGCAUCAGCACAGACAUCAAGUAG